CGACCUCCGACACGAAAAGGCAGGUCCUUUUUGUGUGUUUCUGUCAAUUCCACUACUUAACCAUAAAUGUUAUAAUGGGUUCUUCUUCUUCUUUUGCAGCUUUCUUUAUUUAUCUCUGUUUCUUGGUGGGGUUUGAGUUGUUUCAUGACUCAUUCAUUCUCUGUACAAAACCUAGUGGUGGCCAAUGCAAAAAGCCCUGUUGUUUCCACUUUCUUGAUUUAGAAGGAACAAAAAAAUGGCUAGAGUUAUGCUGGUGAACUUUGGGUUUUUAUUACUAGUGAUGAUCUCUUUUGGGUUUCUGUCAAACAUUUUGGGACAACAACAAGACGAUGCUGGUGAUGAUGAUGAUGAUGAUACUGCUGUUUACAUUGUCACACUUAAACAACCUCCUUUUGUUCAUCUCUUUGAGGAAGAAGAGCUUAAACAGAUUAGACAUAGACACCAAAGUCCUAUGCAUGGCCACACUUCUAAAUUCAAACCAAAAUUACAACCAAGAAACAUUUCCAGGAAACGUCAUGGGAGGGGGAGGCCAAAAAGACCACCAUCUAUUGCUCAAACUCAUGAUUCUUUCUUGAGAAAGACAUUAAAAGGAGAAAAAUAUAUAAAGCUUUAUAGCUACAAUUAUCUAAUCAAUGGAUUUGCCGUCUUUGUUAGCUCACAACAGGCUGAGAAGCUUUCGAUGAGAAAAGAAGUAGCAAACAUAGUGUUGGACUUCUCUGUUAGGACAGCAACAACAUAUACUCCACAGUUUAUGGGUUUACCAGAAGGAGCAUGGGUCAAAGAAGGUGGAUUUGAGACUGCUGGAGAAGGAAUAGUUAUCGGAUUUAUCGAUACUGGAAUCGAUCCGAAUCAUCCUAGUUUCAGUGACAAAGACAUUAACUCUCAGCAUUCAUAUCCAACCCCUAAGCAUUUCUCAGGUGUUUGUGAAGUCACCCCAGAUUUUCCAUCAGGGUCUUGCAAUAAAAAGCUGGUUGGAGCUAGGCAUUUCGUGCAAUCGGCUAUAACUAGAGGAACCUUUAACUCAUCUGAAGAUUAUGCUUCUCCAUUCGAUGGAGAUGGUCAUGGAACACACACAGCUUCGAUUGCUGCUGGUAACCAUGGAGUUCCAGUGAUAGUUUCUAACCAUAGCUUUGGAAAUGCUAGUGGAAUCGCUCCUCGUGCGCAAAUUUCUGUUUACAAGGCAUUGUACAAGAGUUUUGGAGGCUUUGCUGCAGAUGUUGUUGCAGCUAUAGAUCAGGCAGCUCAAGAUGGAGUAGAUAUAUUAAGUUUAUCGAUUACACCGAACCGAAAACCUCCUGGUGUUGCCACUUUCUUCAACCCUAUAGACAUGGCCAUACUUUCCGCUGUAAAAACCGGAAUUUUUGUAGUCCAAGCUGCAGGAAACACCGGUCCAUCGCCUAAAAGCAUGUCAUCUUUUAGUCCUUGGAUUUUCACAGUUGGUGCUUCUUCUCAUGAUAGAGUUUAUUCCAACUCCAUAACGCUAGGCAACAAUGUAACUAUUCCAGGCGUAGGAUUCUCAAGUCCUACUGAUGAUGGAAAGAUGUACAAGAUGGUCUCAGCUUUUCAUGCCUUGAACAAUAGCACUUCUGUAGAUACAGACAUGUAUCUAGGUGAAUGUCAAGAUUAUGAAAAUUACAAUCAAGAACUUGUCUCCGAGAAUCUCUUGAUGUGUAGCUACUCUGUUCGUUUCGUUCUUGGCCUUUCGACUAUAAAACAAGCUUUAGAUGUUGCCAAGAAUCUAUCAGCAGUUGGUGUUGUGUUCUAUAUGGACCCCUAUGUUCUUGGUUUUCAGAUCAAUCCAACGCCAAUGGACAUGCCUGGAAUCAUAAUUCCAUCUGCAGAAGAUUCAAAGAUUUUACUUAAAUACUAUAACUCUUCUAUUGAGAGAGAUGCAACCACCAACGAGAUUGUUGAAUUUGGAGCAGUUGCAGCCAUUGAAGGCGGUUUAAAUGCUAACUUCAGUAACAAAGCUCCUAUGGUUAUGUAUUACUCAGCAAGAGGACCUGAUCCAGAAGACAACUCCUUUAACGACGCUGACAUAUUGAAACCUAACCUCGUAGCUCCUGGAAACUCGAUUUGGGGUGCUUGGAGUUCCGCUUCCAUUGAUUCAACCGAGUUUGAAGGUGAGAAAUUUGCAAUGAUGUCUGGUACAAGCAUGGCUGCUCCUCAUGUAGCUGGUGUGGCUGCACUAAUCAAACAAACCUACCCGAACUUUAGUCCUUCGGCAAUCGCAUCUGCACUUUCAACAACCGCUCUUCUUAAUGAUAACAGAGGAGGUCCCAUUAUGGCUCAGCGUACUUAUGCCAAUCCUGAUCAAAGCCUCCUUAACGCAACACCGUUUGAUAUGGGAAGCGGUUUCGUGAACGCCACGGCAGCUUUAGACCCUGGUUUAAUAUUUGAUACUAGUUUUGAAGACUAUAUGUCAUUUCUUUGUGGAAUCAAUGGCUCAGAUUCAGUGGUGCUUAACUACACUGGGAUUGAUUGUUCUUCUAGCAACAGCUCAACAAUUAGCGGUUUUGAUCUCAACUUGCCAUCAAUCACAGUAUCAACCCUUAAUGGCAAGCAAGUUUUCAAAAGGUCGGUGAGAAACAUAGCUGGAAAUGAGACAUACAAUGUCGGCUGGAGUCCUCCUUAUGGUGUUUCAAUGAAGGUAUCUCCUUCUCUGUUCUCUAUAGGAACGGGAGAAACUCAAGUACUAAGCAUAACCCUCGAGCCGACAAAGAACAGUUCAAGUUCUAGUUUCGGAAGAAUAGGUUUGUUUGGAAAGGCAGGACACGUUGUGAAUAUUCCUGUAUCUGUCAUAGCUAAAAUCGUUUUGAGCUGAUUGAUAGAUAUAUAAUAUUUUCUUUCUCUUACCAUUCAAUUGUUAAAGAUACAAUUUCUUUAUUUUAAUGAAAAUGUAAAACC